GACUGAAACUUAAGUAUAUGUGCUGCAUAAUUAAGCUCUACAUCAAGUGAAUAUAUAUAUAUUUAUAUAUUUCAUUUUAUUAGGUUUAAAUAAAAUUGUUAUUGUUAGAAACAAGAGAAGGAGAAAAUGUCAAGGUACACACCAACGAAAUAUACGCCAAGUAAGAGUAAUAAUGCAGCUGUUAAUUAUUACUACCACUUUCGAAAAGAUUUCCUUGCACCCUACGGAUUGGCCCAUAGUGAAAAAACCUUUUCAGAUGCAGACUUUGCUCAAAAGCUAAACGAUAUAAAUUGCGAGUUCUAUUGCAGACCUCAGGUAGCUAUAUCAGAAAUGGCCUCCAGCAUAGUGGAAAACCUAGAGUAUGUGAUUAAAAACACUCAAUGCAUGGAAGAAAAAAACAUGUCUAGAUUUAUCACAAAAAUACAAAAAAUAUUCCCAAGUUUGAAUGUCAUAAACUCAAAGGCUAACGUAGAUGGCGACAUAAAGAAGGCGCUAGAAGAUGUGAAAAAAUGUUUAACUUCAGAAAGCCUAUUUCUUGAUACUUUCAUUGAAGAGGGACUAAGAUUUGCAUCAUCAUUGUAUUUAUCAUUAAUAUGGCUACGCGCAGGAAAAUUUGUAAUGAAAAACCCAGAAAUUGUUUUGCAGAAACUUCAUCCAGCAGCUACAGGCUUUACACAAUUCAAGCGAGAUGUGUCAGCGGAUGCUUACGUGCAGGACAUUGCAACAGCCUUAGGUGCAUUGAAUUUAACAUCCCCCACUAAGGAAUCCGUUAAACGAAAGUUGCUAAUAGAUAUUCCGUCCAGUGACGAGGAAGAGAUGUAUAUGCCUCCCAAAAAAAAGGUUAAUAACGAUAGCGACAACUAUGAUGAUGAGACACCUGACCCAAGUAAAAGAAAAUUUAAACACGAGAGUGAUAGUGAAGAUGUAAAUAAUGAACCUCAUGUUAAGAAGAACAAAACGUCCUAAACAAACUUUAAAAACAAAAUCAAAAUCCGUAUGAAUAAUUAUAUAAAUAUAUCUGUUGAACUGAAAGCCUAUUCAGAGUCAGUUAAGAAUUUCUUCUGUUUUUUCGAUUUUUUCGACUUUUUGUUCUUCUUAACAUGAUGUUCAUUAUUUACAUCUUCACUAUCACUGUCGUGUUUAAAUUUUCUUUUACUAGGGUCAGGUGUCUCAUCAUCAUAGUUGUCGCUAUCGUUAUUAACCUUUUUUUUGGGAGGCAUAUACAUCUCUUCCUCGUCACUGGACGGAAUAUCUAUUAGCAACUUUCGUUUAACGGAUUCCUUAGUGGUUGAUGUUAAAUUCAAUGCCCCUAAGGCUGUUGCAAUGUCCUGCAUGUAAGCAUCCGCUGACACAUCUCGCUUGAAUUGUGUAAAGCCUGUAGCUGCUGGAUGAAGUUUCUGCAAAACAAUUUCUGGGUUUUUCAUUACAAAUUUUCCUGCGCGUAGCCAUAUUAAUGAUAAAUACAAUGAUGAUGCAAAUCUUAGUCCCUCUUCAAUGAAAGUAUCAAGAAAUAGGCUUUCUGAAGUUAAACAUUUUUUCACAUCUUCUAGCGCCUUCUUUAUGUCGCCUAUAAUAUGAGGUUUGCUUUAUCAAAUAAUUUAAAAAAUAGAAUAAAUUUAUUGAUUAAAUUUCAAUUGUAUAAAAAUUUGCAUACCAUCUACGUUAGCCUUUGAGUUUAUGACAUUCAAACUUGGGAAUAUUUUUUGUAUUUUUGUGAUAAAUCUAGACAUGUUUUUUUCUUCCAUGCAUUGAGUGUUUUUAAUCACAUACUCUAGGUUUUCCACUAUGCUGGAGGCCAUUUCUGAUAUAGCUACCUGAGGUCUGCAAUAGAACUCGCAAUUUAUAUCGUUUAGCUUUUGAGCAAAGUCUGCAUCUGAAAAGGUUUUUUCACUAUGGGCCAAUCCGUAGGGUGCAAGGAAAUCUUUUCGAAAGUGGUAGUAAUAAUUAACAGCUGCAUUAUUACUCUUACUUGGCGUAUAUUUCGUUGGUGUGUACCUUGACACUAUAACAGAAAAUAAAGCUUUCAAAUGCUGGUUUACUGAAACAAGCCUAGUCUUAUUAAAAAAAAAUGUUUAAAUGUCUAUACGUACUUUUCUCCUUCUCUUGUUUCUAACAAUAACAAUUUUAUUUAAACCUAAUAAAAUGAAAUAUAUAAAUAUAUAUAUAUUCACUUGAUGUAGAGCUUAAUUAUGCAGCACAUAUACUUAAGUUUCAGUCAAAAUAUACAUAAGUGGAACGUUAAGACUUCAAUAGAAAUGAAACACCUUAAAUAGAAAAAUGACCAAUUUAUCUAGCAGCAUAUGUAUAUAUAUGUAAAUGUAAAAAUGUCUUAUAUUAUAUAAAGAUAUGUACAAAAAAAUAAAACUAUAUAAUAUGUAACAAAACUGGUCUUGUUAUCUUGACAUGGUCAUGUUUCCUCAAAAAAUUAUUUAACUUUAAAUAGCAAUAUAAAGUUUUCAAAGAAGAUUUCAAAAAUGUACAAAAAUUUGCAAAAGGUUUCAAACAUCAUUGUAGAUUAUUCUGUACUAUCAUGGAAAGUAGAAGACCUUCAAUAGAAAUAUGACCAGUUCAUAUACCGGUUUAUAAAGUUAUGUUACAAAGCUAUGUUUAAUAAAAAGAUGUAAGAAAAACACAAUGUGUCUAAAACAGUGUUUACAAAGAUAUUCCCUUCAGGGUAUUAACCAUGCUCUCAUGACUUGCAAUCGCUCUAUCAACAGAUAUAUAAAUGUAUUUGAAGCAUAAGUUCCUUCUCAAAUUAACUAUCAAGUCCCGCAGCAUUAACUGCUCAUUUAUUUCUUUAAAUGUUAUCGUAUUUUUCACCUCUUCUUUUUCAACUUGUUCGUACUCGAGUUUUUCUUGUUGGUUUAUUCGCUUCCAUCUUUUAAUGUUCCUUUCUGUUCUUAAUUGUGCGUGUAACAGACGCAUAUUCGUGUUUAUGAUUUUAAAAUUAAUUUUCUUAUAUGCAGUAUAAUUUUUAGUUUCAACAUAGUCAUUAUCAACAAGAGCAUUUACGUUUGCCAUUAUAAAUAUAUAUUAUGCAACCUAAAGAAAAAAUAUAUUUUUUGUAUAACUAUUUUUUCGGUGUUAUCAUAAUAAAAGUGUUAGCAUAAAGCAUUAUAAGGAGAAAAGUAACAUUAAAAAGUAAAAUUGAAAUGAAAUUUCAAUAAAACUAUGUGUGUACUGUAAGCGUAAGAAAAAGUGAUAUCAAAUUGUUUAUUUUUACAAUUUUAUUCACCUAAAAAUUGAUUUCUCAGCACAAAGUUAUUGUCAUUGUUAACAAAACUGGUCAACAGAACUUAGUAAACAAAAUUAUAAUGUGCUUAUAAAUUUACAUAAAUAAAUUUAUAUAUCUAUAUAACAGAGAGCCUAUUCAGAGUCAGUUAAGAACUUUUUCUGCUUCUUCGAUUUUUUCGACUUUUUGUUCUUCUUAACAUGAUGUUCAUUAUUUACAUCUUCACUAUCACUGUCGUGUUUAAAUUUUCUUUUACUAGGGUCAGGUGUCUCAUCAUCAUAGUUGUCGCUAUCGUUAUUAACCUUUUUUUUGGGAGGCAUAUACAUCUCUUCCUCGUCACUGGACGGAAUAUCUAUUAGCAACUUUCGUUUAACGGAUUCCUUAGUGGUUGAUGUUAAAUUCAAUGCCCCUAAGGCUGUUGCAAUGUCCUGCAUGUAAGCAUCCGCUGACACAUCUCGCUUGAAUUGUGUAAAGCCUGUAGCUGCUGGAUGAAGUUUCUGCAAAACAAUUUCUGGGUUUUUCAUUACAAAUUUUCCUGCGCGUAGCCAUAUUAAUGAUAAAUACAAUGAUGAUGCAAAUCUUAGUCCCUCUUCAAUGAAAGUAUCAAGAAAUAGGCUUUCUGAAGUUAAACAUUUUUUCACAUCUUCUAGCGCCUUCUUUAUGUCGCCUAUAAUAUGAGGUUUGCUUUAUCAAAUAAUUUAAAAAAUAGAAUAAAUUUAUUGAUUAAAUUUCAAUUGUAUAAAAAUUUGCAUACCAUCUACGUUAGCCUUUGAGUUUAUGACAUUCAAACUUGGGAAUAUUUUUUGUAUUUUUGUGAUAAAUCUAGACAUGUUUUUUUCUUCCAUGCAUUGAGUGUUUUUAAUCACAUACUCUAGGUUUUCCACUAUGCUGGAGGCCAUUUCUGAUAUAGCUACCUGAGGUCUGCAAUAGAACUCGCAAUUUAUAUCGUUUAGCUUUUGAGCAAAGUCUGCAUCUGAAAAGGUUUUUUCACUAUGGGCCAAUCCGUAGGGUGCAAGGAAAUCUUUUCGAAAGUGGUAGUAAUAAUUAACAGCUGCAUUAUUACUCUUACUUGGCGUAUAUUUCGUUGGUGUGUACCUUGACACUAUAACAGAAAAUAAAGCUUUCAAAUGCUGGUUUACUGAAACAAGCCUAGUCUUAUUAAAAAAAAAUGUUUAAAUGUCUAUACGUACUUUUCUCCUUCUCUUGUUUCUAACAAUAACAAUUUUAUUUAAACCUAAUAAAAUGAAAUAUAUAAAUAUAUAUAUAUUCACUUGAUGUAGAGCUUAAUUAUGCAGCACAUAUACUUAAGUUUCAGUCAAAAUAUACAUAAGUGGAACAUUAAGACUUCAAUAGAAAUGAAACACCUUAAAUAGAAAAAUGACCAAUUUAUCUAGCAGCAUAUGUAUAUAUAUGUAAAUGUAAAAAUGUCUUAUAUUAUAUAAAGAUAUGUACAAAAAAAUAAAACUAUAUAAUAUGUAACAAAACUGGUCUUGUUAUCUUGACAUGGUCAUGUUUCCUCAAAAAAUUAUUUAACUUUAAAUAGCAAUAUAAAGUUUUCAAAGAAGAUUUCAAAAAUGUACAAAAAUUUGCAAAAGGUUUCAAACAUCAUUGUAGAUUAUUCUGUACUAUCAUGGAAAGUAGAAGACCUUCAAUAGAAAUAUGACCAGUUCAUAUACCGGUUUAUAAAGUUAUGUUACAAAGCUAUGUUUAAUAAAAAGAUGUAAGAAAAACACAAUGUGUCUAAAACAGUGUUUACAAAGAUAUUCCCUUCAGGGUAUUAACCAUGCUCUCAUGACUUGCAAUCGCUCUAUCAACAGAUAUAUAAAUGUAUUUGAAGCAUAAUUUCCUUCUCAAAUUAACUAUCAAGUCCCGCAGCAUUAACUGCUCAUUUAUUUCUUUAAAUGUUAUCGUAUUUUUCACCUCUUCUUUUUCAACUUGUUCGUACUCGAGUUUUUCUUGUUGGUUUAUUCGCUUCCAUCUUUUAAUGUUCCUUUCUGUUCUUAAUUGUGCGUGUAACAGACGCAUAUUCGUGUUUAUGAUUUUAAAAUUAAUUUUCUUAUAUGCAGUAUAAUUUUUAGUUUCAACAUAGUCAUUAUCAACAAGAGCAUUUACGUUUGCCAUUAUAAAUAUAUAUUAUGCAACCUAAAGAAAAAAUAUAUUUUUUGUAUAACUAUUUUUUCGGUGUUAUCAUAAUAAAAGUGUUAGCAUAAAGCAUUAUAAGGAGAAAAGUAACAUUAAAAAGUAAAAUUGAAAUGAAAUUUCAAUAAAACUAUGUGUGUACUGUAAGCGUAAGAAAAAGUGAUAUCAAAUUGUUUAUUUUUACAAUUUUAUUCACCUAAAAAUUGAUUUCUCAGCACAAAGUUAUUGUCAUUGUUAACAAAACUGGUCAACAGAACUUAGUAAACAAAAUUAUAAUGUGCUUAUAAAUUUACAUAAAUAAAUUUAUAUAUCUAUAUAACAGAGAGCCUAUUCAGAGUCAGUUAAGAACUUUUUCUGCUUCUUCGAUUUUUUCGACUUUUUGUUCUUCUUAACAUGAGGUUCAUUAUUUACAUCUUCACUAUCACUCUCGUGUUUAAAUUUUCUUUUACUUGGGUCAGGUGUCUCAUCAUCAUAGUUGUCGCUAUCGUUAUUAACCUUUUUUUUGGGAGGCAUAUACAUCUCUUCCUCGUCACUGGACGGAAUAUCUAUUAGCAACUUUCGUUUAACGGAUUCCUUAGUGGGGGAUGUUAAAUUCAAUGCACCUAAGGCUGUUGCAAUGUCCUGCACGUAAGCAUCCGCUGACACAUCUCGCUUGAAUUGUGUAAAGCCUGUAGCUGCUGGAUGAAGUUUCUGCAAAACAAUUUCUGGGUUUUUCAUUACAAAUUUUCCUGCGCGUAGCCAUAUUAAUGAUAAAUACAAUGAUGAUGCAAAUCUUAGUCCCUCUUCAAUGAAAGUAUCAAGAAAUAGGCUUUCUGAAGUUAAACAUUUUUUCACAUCUUCUAGCGCCUUCUUUAUGUCGCCUAUAAUAUGAGGUUUGCUUUAUCAAAUAAUUUAAAAAAUAGAAUAAAUUUAUUGAUUAAAUUUCAAUUGUAUAAAAAUUUGCAUACCAUCUACGUUAGCCUUUGAGUUUAUGACAUUCAAACUUGGGAAUAUUUUUUGUAUUUUUGUGAUAAAUCUAGACAUGUUUUUUUCUUCCAUGCAUUGAGUGUUUUUAAUCACAUACUCUAGGUUUUCCACUAUGCUGGAGGCCAUUUCUGAUAUAGCUACCUGAGGUCUGCAAUAGAACUCGCAAUUUAUAUCGUUUAGCUUUUGAGCAAAGUCUGCAUCUGAAAAGGUUUUUUCACUAUGGGCCAAUCCGUAGGGUGCAAGGAAAUCUUUUCGAAAGUGGUAGUAAUAAUUAACAGCUGCAUUAUUACUCUUACUUGGCGUAUAUUUCGUUGGUGUGUACCUUGACACUAUAACAGAAAAUAAAGCUUUCAAAUGCUGGUUUACUGAAACAAGCCUAGUCUUAUUAAAAAAAAAUGUUUAAAUGUCUAUACGUACUUUUCUCCUUCUCUUGUUUCUAACAAUAACAAUUUUAUUUAAACCUAAUAAAAUGAAAUAUAUAAAUAUAUAUAUAUUCACUUGAUGUAGAGCUUAAUUAUGCAGCACAUAUACUUAAGUUUCAGUCAAAAUAUACAUAAGUGGAACGUUAAGACUUCAAUAGAAAUGAAACACCUUAAAUUGAAAAAUGACCAAUUUAUCUAGCAGCAUAUGUAUAUAUAUGUAAAUGUAAAAAUGUCUUAUAUUAUAUAAAGAUAUUUACAAAAAAAUAAAACUAUAUAAUAUGUAACAAAACUGGUCUUGUUAUCUUGACAUGGUCAUGUUUCCUCAAAAAAUUAUUUACCUUUAAAUAGCAAUAUAAAGUUUUUAAAGAAGAUUUCAAAAAUGUACAAAAAUUUGCAAAAGGUUUCAAACAUCAUUGUAGAUUAUUCUGUACUAUCAUGGAAAGUAGAAGACCUUCAAUAGAAAUAUGACCAGUUCAUAUACCGGUUUAUAAAGUUAUGUUACAAAGCUAUGUUUAAUAAAAAAAUGUAAGAAAAACACAAUGUGUCUAAAACAGUGUUUACAAAGAUAUUCCCUUCAGGGUAUUAACCAUGCUCUCAUGACUUGCAAUCGCUCUAUCAACAGAUAUAUAAAUGUAUUUGAAGCAUAAGUUCCUUCUCAAAUUAACUAUCAAGUCCCGCAGCAUUAACUGCUCAUUUAUUUCUUUAAAUGUUAUCGUAUUUUUCACCUCUUCUUUUUCAACUUGUUCGUACUCGAGUUUUUCUUGUUGGUUUAUUCGCUUCCAUCUUUUAAUGUUCCUUUCUGUUCUUAAUUGUGCGUGUAACAGACGCAUAUUCGUGUUUAUGAUUUUAAAAUUAAUUUUCUUAUAUGCAGUAUAAUUUUUAGUUUCAACAUAGUCAUUAUCAACAAGAGCAUUUACGUUUGCCAUUAUAAAUAUAUAUUAUGCAACCUAAAGAAAAAAUAUAUUUUUUGUAUAACUAUUUUUUCGGUGUUAUCAUAAUAAAAGUGUUAGCAUAAAGCAUUAUAAGGAGAAAAGUAACAUUAAAAAGUAAAAUUGAAAUGAAAUUUCAAUAAAACUAUGUGUGUACUGUAAGCGUAAGAAAAAGUGAUAUCAAAUUGUUUAUUUUUACAAUUUUAUUCACCUAAAAAUUGAUUUCUCAGCACAAAGUUAUUGUCAUUGUUAACAAAACUGGUCAACAGAACUUAGUAAACAAAAUUAUAAUGUGCUUAUAAAUUUACAUAAAUAAAUUUAUAUAUCUAUAUAACAGAGAGCCUAUUCAAAGUCAGUUAAGAACUUCUUCUGCUUCUUCGAUUUUUUCGACUUUUUGUUCUUCUUAACAUGAGGUUCAUUAUUUACAUCUUCACUAUCACUCUCGUGUUUAAAUUUUCUUUUACUAGGGUCAGGUGUCUCAUCAUCAUAGUUGUCGCUAUCGUUAUUAACCUUUUUUUUGGGAGGCAUAUACAUCUCUUCCUCGUCACUGGACGGAAUAUCUAUUAGCAACUUUCGUUUAACGGAUUCCUUAGUGGGGGAUGUUAAAUUCAAUGCACCUAAGGCUGUUGCAAUGUCCUGCACGUAAGCAUCCGCUGACACAUCUCGCUUGAAUUGUGUAAAGCCUGUAGCUGCUGGAUGAAGUUUCUGCAAAACAAUUUCUGGGUUUUUCAUUACAAAUUUUCCUGCGCGUAGCCAUAUUAAUGAUAAAUACAAUGAUGAUGCAAAUCUUAGUCCCUCUUCAAUGAAAGUAUCAAGAAAUAGGCUUUCUGAAGUUAAACAUUUUUUCACAUCUUCUAGCGCCUUCUUUAUGUCGCCUAUAAUAUGAGGUUUGCUUUAUCAAAUAAUUUAAAAAAUAGAAUAAAUUUAUUGAUUAAAUUUCAAUUGUAUAAAAAUUUGCAUACCAUCUACGUUAGCCUUUGAGUUUAUGACAUUCAAACUUGGGAAUAUUUUUUGUAUUUUUGUGAUAAAUCUAGACAUGUUUUUUUCUUCCAUGCAUUGAGUGUUUUUAAUCACAUACUCUAGGUUUUCCACUAUGCUGGAGGCCAUUUCUGAUAUAGCUACCUGAGGUCUGCAAUAGAACUCGCAAUUUAUAUCGUUUAGCUUUUGAGCAAAGUCUGCAUCUGAAAAGGUUUUUUCACUAUGGGCCAAUCCGUAGGGUGCAAGGAAAUCUUUUCGAAAGUGGUAGUAAUAAUUAACAGCUGCAUUAUUACUCUUACUUGGCGUAUAUUUCGUUGGUGUGUACCUUGACACUAUAACAGAAAAUAAAGCUUUCAAAUGCGAAGAACUAUGUGUGUACUGUAAUGGAAACUUUAAAAUUUCAAUAAAACUAUGUGUGUAAUGGAAAGCUUUAAACUUUUUUUAGUAAAGUAGAACGAGCAUAAUCUGUUACAAGUAAUAAUGUGUAAAAGAACAUACUUUUUAUCUUUUUUAUCUUUUUGUGAUACGUAUCUUUUUUAAUAUUAUUAGAUCUGAAAUAGAGUAGAAGAUAUAGCGUGUAGACAUUCUAUUUUACUUCAAAAUUUUAAAAUUGAACCAUGUCUUAUUCACAACAAUACACAAUGCUUUGUACAGUGUUUUAGUAAAAUUAAGGAGUAUAUACAUCUUUUUAGAGCAGGUAAUUUCUAAAUUAAAAUUAAUUUUUACAAUGAGUUUUAACGUUGUUAUUUUUUUUAUUUUUUUUUUAUUUUAAUUUAAUUUUCUUAUUGCUCUUACUUAAAAGAUUAUUUGCACUUUAUUCGAAUAUAUCAUGAAAAUAACAUUUCAAACGCUAAAAUCUUACAUUGCUAAGUUACAACUUAUACGCUCUAAUGUAGCCUAUUACCACACUUUGACACAAUCUUAUUUAAAUUAGAAUAUGUAUCCUUUGUUAUAAAAAUAUUGAACCUAUUUGUCAUACACAUUAAAAUAAUCAGAUGUUCUUAGUACAACAUCUCGUUCCUUUUAUGAACAGAAACUAUUAAAAGAACGGCUGUAUUCACGAAGUUUACAUAGAAAUAUACAGAAAUAUAUCAUAAAAAUGGGUAACCAAAAAAUAAAGCUAUGUUCCUCAAGUAAUGAAACCACCUUGAAUGGCAAUAUAAUGUUUAAAAUCAUAAUUUUUGCAAAUUUGUUGUUGAAAUGAAAAUAUACAAAACGUUUUAAAGGUUAUAGGAAAAAGAAUACUUAGAAUGAAGAAAUGGCGACUUAAUUUGGCCUUUCAUAAUUUUUAUAUGCGUUAUUUUAAUUAAAAGGACGUUAAAAAGUGUUCUUCUAAGGUAAUAAUUGUCUAUUUCCUUAAUUUCUUUCAUCCAAUAACCCAUACUGUUGCAACUUUUAGUCACUUAGUAUACAGAAAAGCAUAAAUAAACUCCUUAUAUCUACGCUAAAAACAAGCUGCACCAAAGCUUUGAUAAUUUUAUUUGCAAUUUCGCCUAAGGGAUUUGUACCUUAACAGUGCAGGGUUAACUUAAUAAAAUAGAAGACGUUGGCAAUUUGCCAAUAAUUAAUAAUAAUUACGAAUUAUGUAUGUGUAGCAAAAUGUCAUAACUGUACUUUGUUCUCCCCGUUUAUGUCCGGUUCAUCCAUUUAGGAUACCCAGCUCCGUGAGGGAAAUAUUAAGAACAAAGUAUGCUAAUUGUUGCAUGUAAAUGUCUACACAGUCCACCCCGUUUAUUUCCGGUUUAUCCAUAUAGGAUGCCCGGCUAGGUGAGGGAUAUUAAGGACGUAGUGGUAUAAUGACCGGCAAUGUAACGCAUGAUGGAGCAGCAUGUGAAUGGGUUAUGAAAGCGCUCAGGAUAGAGUAUUAUUAAGAAAGUAAUUAAAAGUAAAAUAAAUUAGAUUGAGGGUAUUUUGGAACAUGUAAAAAUGGGAGAGUACCUGCCUGACUACAGAGCCUUACCUAUAGAGCAUCACAACAACAGCUAAAAAUCUUGCAAAACGUUAGACUUUAUAUGCUAACGGCCUUAACUAAAUGUAAUGCUCUAACUGUCUUAUAUUAAGCACUAAUUGGUCCUCCCGGUUGAUAUCCGAUUAACCAAUCUAUGGUUCUUCGACUUGGUACGGGAACGUUUUAAGGACACGAUAGUGCGAAGUGGCACAGUCACUUCCUUAUUCCUGACAGAAAUAUUAGAGGGGAGGUCUGUGCAGAGUGUUACUCAACCUGAUGUUCAUUGUAGGGAGCUAGACCAUAUAUGCUAGCUUGGAUGUCACAUAUAAUGUAAAUAAAAGUCCUUAAAAUAAGUAAGAAAAGAUGCAAAAAUGUCCUUUAAUUUUGUGUAAUGUUUUUACCAAAUCUUUCGUCGCUUUUUGCAUAGUUACUACCAUAUUUGAAAUUAAGUUUGAAUGUUUUUUCCUAAAUGUUUUGUUUUUAAUUUAGAUGUCUUAAUGUUUCCGAUCAAAUUUAAAAACCAGUCUUUGGAAUUACUGAUCUGAAACACUUCGCUCUUAACUCUAAAUUAGUGUUAAAAGAUCAGAAAAUUAAAUUUUGUGCAAAAUUAUGAAUCUCAAAUAAUUAAGACAACUUUUUGUAUGUAGUAUAAAAAAUUUUAAAGAAAUAAAGCAAACUAAAAAAUUAGUAUCAAAACAAUCUUUUAAUACACAAUGAAUUGAAACCGAUUUGUAAUUUAAACUUUGUUUUUAAUUUUGUUCACACAAAGCUUUAGGCUGAAAUAUUUAAAUAUUUUCAACUUCGAUACCACAAAUAGUUUUAAUGCAUUUUAAAAACUUCUAAAAGCAAACCUUUAUAAAAACUUUGCGAAAUAAAUUUUCCGCGUGAAGUGUGCAAUAAUGUUUCUGAAAAAUAAACUUUAAAUACGAAAGCAAAAUUAUUUCGCAAAGUUCAAAAUCAUCGUACAAAAAACAAAGGCGCUACUUAUGCGCAAUUCAGUUCAAAAGAUCGAUUUUUGAAUUUUUAAAUAGACGUACUAAAUGGGAUCAAAUUAAAUAAUAAACGACAUUAAAAACUUAAAGAACAUUUUUUAAAGUUAAAGUUUCAAUAAUCUUUUUAAAACAAACUGAAUAAAGAAAUAUAAAGUAUACACAAAUGCGAACUUACGUUCGCCAAAGAGAACUUAUUCUUAACCUACGAAGGGUUAGUACAACGUAAAUGCAUGUGCUGUAAAAACACAUCCAUGUACUAUUAUACUAAAGGACGGGACAAACACAUAAACAAAGAAGAAAUCCUGCCUGAGAGGGUUUUUUCAUUCUGUCGACAAUAUAGACGACACGAAAUGAAAAAAACUUACAAAGCAACAACCCGAACUCAUUAUAUAGCAGUCAACGCAGUUCCUACCGUAAUACCUAAGUAUCGUGUGCAAUGGCGUGUCCCUUUGUGUUCUGCAUGAGUUCAGGCUUGACUACUAGUUUUUGCAAAGCAAAGGCGGUAGUCGCACCAACAUAGAUUAACCAGUAGAGAAAAAUAAUGUUUCUGUGUCGAGGUUGAAUUGGCAAAUAAAGCUUGUGCACGGGUUUUUAUUGGGAAGAAAAUUCUAUUGUAAUUUCUUAUUAGCCAAUAGGAAAAUUUGAAAAAUUGGAACUAACCACUUAAAAAUUACUGGUUGCAAGAUCAUUUUUACCCUGUUAAUUUUGACCAACCACAGUCUUUUUCAGAGACAAUUUGACAAAACUUUGGCCAAUGGUGAACACCAAAGACAGAUUAGAACCAAUGAAAAUCAUUUUUUAUAACAAUCCUAAUGCUUGUAGCCAAUAGAAGUUCUUUAAAACUAUGUGACCCCUUCUGCUCAUCUUACGUCCUGUCUAACAGCCAAUAGAAAUGUACUUUUAAAUGCAUUAUCCAAUGUUACAUUUGUUGUCAAAAUGGCACUCCAUAGAAACAAGACAAAAUCAAUGGCGCGAAAAUGUUCAUCCAAUAGGUUGCGUUAGUCCAAUUUCAAUGAAAUUAGCAGGUCCGUAUAGCAACGAUACUUUCCACCAGAAGAUUUUGGUAUGUAGCUGGUACAAAUGGAAAAAAAGUGAGUAAAAUGCGAAAAAAAUAGUAAACAACGUCAUCGCUCUUUUUAAGAAAAUUAUUUUUUUUUUAAAAAAAAGUAAUAAUAAUAAAAAUAUCUUAUUAAUUUAACCCUAUAAAUUCGCUAAAAAGUUGCUAAUUGCAUCAAAAAAUAUAAAAAAAUGAACUUCCUUCUUUUCCUCUGCUCAAUAUAAAAUUGAUAACAUUAUCAUAAUUAUUAUUUAAUAAUUUGAUCAUAAAUUUUUGAAAAUGUUUUGUUUUUAAAUGAAAAAUGUUAUUAGAAAACCGCACAGGCAAAUAUUGUUAACCUUCGUUGACUUGGGUUACCAAACUUGGAAAGCAAAAUGGAUUACACAAAAUCAACAAUAGUUAUAAUUAUAUAUAAAAAAGUUUAGCUUUUAAAAAUACUGAUAGAAAUAAAACUAAAUACUUUAAUAAAUAACUCAUAUAAACCUGUUUAUAAUAAGUUUGUCGAACUUUUCUUUACAUAUUCUUGUUGGGACAUCUGAAAAAUCUUAAAAUAAAUUUACGCUGCUGUAACUUUUCUUCCCUUGUCAAAUCCUUAUUUAUUGUAUUAAAAUAAUUAUGCAGUGAUUUAAAACACUUUAUAUUUCAUAAGUCGUGUUUCUCUAAGUUUUUAUUAAUCACGCAAAAUUCAAGCUUAGAAGUGUGUGUCAAACCAAAUUUGAAAGAAAAAAUUACUCUAAUAAUUAAUAAUAAACAAAAUUGAAAAAUACUUUUUGAUUUCGAACGACCUAAAUGUCAUAGGAGAUUAGCAUUUUUAUCACAAAAUGUCAAAUGUAAAGCGAACCAAAGAUUUUUUAUAACUUUCAAACAACUUAAGAUUUAAUUCUUUAGUUAAUUGUCCGUGGCUGAAUGGUUAAAUGUUUCUCCUUUAACCCGGAGUUUCCGUGUUCAAAUCCAACCCUUUCCUCAUUUCAUUAUUAUUAUUUCGUUGUAUAUUAUUUUUAUUAAGGCAUAAAGGAAGAUAUUUUCUUUACUUAUUCUUUAUACAAUAUAUAAGGACAGGCUUACCAGGUAACAUAAAUUUUGUACAACUUCGUCUGUAAUCACAACAUAUUUACAGAUUUAAAAACAUUGUCGCCUGUCGUUGUCAUUAAUAUGGGAAAACUGUGCCAUUUACAAAAAAAUAUUUUGGCGUGAAAUUUUAUAAAAAAAAUUAAUAGGCAAAACAGUGAUUGACGUUUUUUAAACGAAAGAACAUGAUGUAUUAGUUCUAACGUAUAGGUCAUUUUGUAGCGUUUAUGUUCUUAAGCACUGCAAAUAUUGCAAUAUAUAACUUUUCUUUUAAAAGUAGAUCCCUAAAUUAUAACCUUUUGUCUUACGGUCUUAUAUAUACAAUCAAAAUUCAUAAGUUGUAUUUUUUAUUUCUUUCCAGGAAAACUGGAACCACUCCUUCAAGCAAAACGCAUUUAAAAAAAAUAACUCAUCAGCAAA